GGUCCCCGCCCCAGAGCGCUGCCGAGGGACCGCAGAGCCGGGGCGGCGGGCAACCGCUCUCCCUCUGGGGUUCACACUCCUCCGACGGCUGCGCCGCGGGGGCUAUUCCUGGAGCUUGAAGCCACCCGCAUGACGUCCCGGGGAACCCACUGAUCGCCGGGUCGCGGCGCCGAGGGCUGGCAUCAUGGCCCUGGAGCAGGCGCUGCAGGCGGCACGGCGGGGCGACCUGAACGUCCUGAAGUCCCUGCACGCCGCCGGCCUGCUGGAGCCUUCUCUGCGCGACCCGCUAGAUGCCCUGCCAGUACACCAUGCAGCCCGAUCUGGCAAACUUCACUGUCUACGCUACCUGGUGGAGGAGGCUGCCCUCCCGGCCGUGGCCCGCGCGCGCAACGGCGCCACACCGGCCCACGACGCCGCUGCCACAGGCUACCUCUCCUGCUUGCAGUGGCUGCUCACACAGGGUGGUUGCAGAGUGCAGGAAAAAGAUAAUUCUGGUGCCACAGUCCUGCAUCUGGCUGCCCGCUUUGGCCAUCCGGAGUUGGUGAACUGGCUUCUGCAUGACGGUGGUGCGAACUCUGCCAUCACCACAGACACGGGUGCCCUGCCUAUCCACUAUGCCGCCGCCAAAGGAGACCUUCCGUCGACGAAGCUUCUUGUCGGGCAUUACCCAGAGGGAGUGAAUGCCCAGACCAACAACGGUGCCACGCCCCUGUACCUGGCGUGCCAGGAGGGCCACCUGGAGGUGACGAAGUACCUUGUGCAGGAGUGCAACGCAGAUCCGCACGUGCGCGCCCAAGACGGCAUGACCCCUCUGCACGCCGCGGCGCAGAUGGGCCACAACCCAGUCCUGGUGUGGCUGGUGAGCUUUGCAGACGUGAGCUUGUCAGAGCAGGACCACGACGGCGCCACGGCCAUGCACUUUGCUGCCAGCCGCGGCCACACCAAAGUGCUCAGCUGGCUCCUGCUGCACGGUGCAGAGAUCUCGCAGGACCUGUGGGGCGGGACCCCGCUGCAUGACGCUGCUGAGAACGGAGAACUCGAGUGCUGCCAGAUCCUCGUGGUGAACGGCGCGGGGCUGGAUGUCCGGGACCACGACGGUUACACCGCUGCCGACCUGUCUGACUUCAAUGGGCAUUCUCACUGCUCCCGCUACCUACGAACCGUGCAAACCCUGAGCGUGGAGCACCGAGUCCUGUCCCGGGAUCCAUCCACUGACCUGGAGGCAAAGCAACCUGACUCGGGCAUGUCCUCGCCCAACACCACCAUGUCGGUCCAGCCACUGAACUUUGACCUCGGCUCGCCCACCAGCACCCUCUCCAACUAUGACUCCUGCUCUUCCAGCCAGUCCAGCUUCAAGGGUCAGCGCUCUAGUCGAGGGCCUCCCAGUGCAAGAGCUGCAGACUUACAGAGCUACAUGGAUAUGCUGAACCCAGAGCUGGGCUUACCUCGGGGCAAGAUAGGGAAGCCUGUACCACCACCACCGCCCCCAAGCUUCCCUCCCCCAGCACCACCCUCAGGCGCCCAGCUGCCCCCGCCGCCACCAGACUACCCAGCUCCCAAUCCUCCUGCAGGGCUACAAGCAGCUAAUAUCUACAUGCAGACCAAGAACAAGCUUCGGCACGUGGAGUUGGAAACCCUGAAGAAGGAGCCGAGCUCCGGCGACGGCCACUCGGGGCUACGCAAGCAGGACUCGGGGCUCAGGCAGGAAUCGGGGCUGCGCAGGCACAACAUCGGCCUGCGCAGGCAGGACUCCGGCCGCAAGCAGCGCUCGUUCAGCAAACAGCCCAGCACGGGGGACUACUACCGCCAGCUGGGCCGCUGCCCGGGGGAGCCGCUGGCCUCACGCCCGGGCAUGGCCCACAGCGAGGAGGCGGCGCUACUCCCCGGGAACCACGUGCACAACGGCUGCUCAGCGGACCCCAAGACGUCCAGGGAGCUGCCGCCGCCGCCGCCGCCUCCUCCGCUGCCUGAGGCCCUGAGUUCGCCGCCACCUGCCCCACCCCUGCCCGUCGAGGGCGCGGGCGCAGGCUGCGGGCAGCGCCGUUCGUCCUCGUCUGCUGGCAAAGUGAGAGUCCUGAGGCACAGGAAGAGCACCAAAUCUUUCAACAUGAUGUCCCCAACGGGUGAUAACUCAGAGCUGCUGGCUGAGAUAAAGGCAGGCAAGAGCCUGAAGCCGACCCCGCAGAGCAAGGGGCUGACCACCGUGUUCUCAGGCAGUGGGCAGCCAGCCUCCCAGCCUGAGUCACCGCAGCCCUUGGUGUCACCUGCGCCAUCUCGGGCCUGGAGCCCCACCCCACCAGCCUCUGGGCCUCAGCCAUUGCUCAAUGGCAGCAUAGUGCCUGCACCACCUGCCACCCCGGCACCAGGAGUACAGCUGGAUGUGGAGGCCCUCAUCCCCACCCUUGAUGAGCAGGGCCGGCCCAUCCCAGAGUGGAAGCGCCAGGUGAUGGUCCGAAAGCUGCAACAGAAGAUGCAGGAGGAGGAGGAGCAGAGGAGGAAGGAGGAAGAAGAGGAGGCCCGGCUGGCCAGCCUGCCUGCUUGGAGACGAGACAUUCUUCGGAAGAAGCUAGAAGAGGAGCGGGAGCACAAGCGAAAAGAGGAGGAGCGACAGAAGCAGGAGGAAAUACAGAGGGCGAAGGAACAGUCCGAGAAGCUGCGGACACUGGGCUAUGACGAGACCAAGCUCGCACCCUGGCAGCGACAGGUCAUCCUGAAGAAGGGGGAGAUCCCUAAGCAAUAGGAGUCUCAGGCUCUAGCGUGUAGCCUCACAAGUUCUGAGAUGGGGGCCGGUCCCCCCGCCCCCGCCCCAUCCUGUCAGGUUGGUGUGGAAGGGCUGGGAGCCUUGCCACCCCUCCCUUCGGGUCUUCGGUGCCGGAACCCUCCCUGUUCCCCUCCCUGGCCCCACAUCCCCAGCCCUGCUGCCGGAGUGCUUGCGUACUGCUGCUGUCGCCUGGAAAAAAGUGCCCAAGCCGCUGACGCAAAAAAAGAAAAAGAAAAAAAAAGAAAAAGAAAAGAUGCUGCUUAUUUGCAUGCUCACUUACAUAUAUUUGCAUGUUCGUCUACCUUGUGCUGAGCUCUCCCCAGCCCCGUGGGUGGUGACUUUUCCUGCAGGGCGCAAGCCCGGCUGCAGCCCCCUCCCCCGCAGCCCGGAACCCACAUUGCCAGCGCAUCCUGGGUGGAGGCAGACCCCGAGCUCGGGGAAGGGGUUUUCCUCCCUCCUCGACCCAGAUCUGCGCUAGCCAAGACCA